AUGCAACUCAGCUUUGCAGAGGUGUACAGACGAGCCCAACAGAAAUGGUUUGCCAUCUCUGGACAGAAAGGCCCCCUGUCGCCAUACAGCUGGAGAUCCGGUGGUCUUCUGGCGACAUGGGUCUGCACUAAAGGGGCUUCCGUGCUGCUUUCGCCUCUCCUGCGAGGCCGUUCCAUUGCAGAGGCAUGUAUACGUCUGGCAUGCUUGGUGGCUCAAGUGCAAGGCUACAUGCGACAUUCAAGGGGCUACCAGCACGUGGACAGACUCUUGCACCGUUUUCGACUACCCGGCCGGCAAACGACGUACUUCAAAGUUCCGGACGACGAGCGCUCGCUGAACAUCGCUAGACGAACUGUGCGACAGGCGGCAAAAAGUAUGGCCAACAAGCACGGUGAGAUACUCUUGUUAUGGGUGCUUAGCAAGGUCAGAUUUGCUUGGGUUGCUGCCAAGAGAUUGACCGAAAGGAGGAACAUAGUCGUGGCGGCCAAGUCGAUCGAUAUCAUGCAGAUCUGUAGCACAAACCCUUUCAUGCUGGAAGGCCUUCAACGAGCCGAGGAGGUGAAGUUGUUGCAUGGAAACUGGGGGUUGCAAGACAGACAGGCAGGAAGCGGACAGCUGCAAACACUACACUCAGACUUGUCAGACUGGUGCUACCAGAAGCACGUCCCAAGACCGACUCGCUUGGAAGGUCUCAGAACUCUCAGACGAGUUUGCCAACAACGCUCCCUGAAGUCCAAUGGAAGCGCCCCUGCUGCAGAGCAGGGAUACAUGCAGCAAAUGCAGGCCGACGACCACGAGAUCUUGCUGCAGGAUGACAAAGACCGGAAGCGCACCUGGGGCAUGCCCUUCAUCGUCAUGUCGUCUUUGCUGUUUUUGCUGGUGCUACGAGAUGGGGCGAGAUGGCAACCUACAGACAUGACUCCGGACCAGCUCAGUGCACUGGUGUACGGGAUAAGUAUUUUUGCGUGGCCUGAUUUUCUCAGAAAGGGCAAAGUGACAGCCAAAUCUAUGGUGGUGAGCUUCUACCAUGCGCCGUGGCGCAAGGCUUGGAGACUUGCAGGCAGAGCCAUUCAGAUCAUCGUGCAAGCAACGUUUCCCGGUUUUGCUGUAUGGAACCUCCAAGCCUUCUGUGAAGCCUUCGGUCAGCUGCGAUGUUCUACAGAUCCCAGCAGAUGCGAAAGAUGUGGGGCGGCCAAGCACCCAAGUACGCUGCUCGUGGCCGAUGCCGCCCAGAUGUACGAGCAGAUUGAUACUGCCAAGGUGCUGCUCGCCUUUGACCGCGCUGCUGAGCGGCUCCGCCUGAGCAAAGGCCUGACUACAGUGACUGUCAGGAGACAGGGCAAACUGUUCGGAUGGACCGGCGGCGAGCCUGCCACCAGAUCUGGCAAGUUCGUGGUGUUUACAACAGCACGACUGCGGAAAAUGCUGUGGGCCAGCUGUGCUCUUCGCUUCGCCACGUUGGGAAACCUUGUUGUGAGAGCGACUGGAGUCAUGAUAGGCGGUCUCCUUUCCCUGAUUGCUGCAGUUGGUCUCCUUUGUCAAGAAGAGCAAGUGGCGAAAGAAAGCGCGGAAUUUCGGAGGCAGUAUCUUCCUCAUGGCUGGGAUAUGAUGCAUGCAUUGUUGGCCAUGCGCUAUGUGGAUGAUCUCCUCAUGGUUUCGUAG